UGGGGGGCGGCGGGAGUGGGGCCCCGAUCGCAGCCAUUGGUUCCGAGGACCAGGAGGGGCGGAGGGACACCGCGAGGGCUGGGCAGAGCUCGCAGCCCCGGGCCCACUCGCGCUGCGCUCGCCACCCGUGCGCUCCGGCCGCGCUCUGUGUCCCUGUGCUCAGGAUUCCCGGGGACCGCUUUGCGGGCGCGAAUCGCUGAGACAGGGGCGCCGCCCCACCCGAAGCAACAAAGCCCGGCGCAGGUGGGCUCGCGUCGCGACCCGCAGGAUCUUCUGUCCCUUCCCUGGGAAUCGCCACUCGCACGCUGACCGCUGACUUUACGCCUAAUGAUGUCAGUGUGAGGCUUUUCACCAGUCUUCAAGUGGUUCCUGAUUCGGAGAAGUUUUUCCCAGCUUUCGUUCUCCAGCUGUGGUUUCCCCGAGUUCCUGUGAAAACCCAGCAAGUAACUGCACCAGCUAUCUUUCCCCUUUUCGGGUCUGAUGAGACGCUGAAAUCCUGCGCUUCCCAGCCGAGUCUCGAUGGACACCUGAUUCCCUGCUGCUGCCUUUGUUUAAAAAUCCAAAAGUUUUCUUGUGCUGAUUUCCCAGUCUAUCAUUUCUGCCGAGGCUACAUGCAAAAACAAUGCCCAUUCUGUCCUUCUUAACCCCUGCGUGAAAAUUUGACUUUAAGAUACCUGUUCAUUCCUCCGCCUUCAUAAACAUGUCUGAGCCUGACUCUUCAUCGGGAUUUGCAGGGAGUGUGGAGAAUGGAACUUUCCUUGAGCUGUUUCCCACAUCGCUGUCCACGUCGGUGGACCCGUCCUCCGGCCACCUGUCCAAUGUCUACAUCUAUGUGUCCAUAUUCCUCAGCCUAUUAGCAUUUCUGCUUUUGCUUUUAAUCAUUGCCCUCCAGAGGCUCAAAAAUAUCAUCUCCUCCAGCUCCUCCUACCCAGAGUACCCAAGUGAUGCUGGAAGUUCUUUCACCAACUUAGAAGUCUGUAGCAUUUCCUCCCAAAGGUCCACUUUUUCAAACCUUUCAUCCUGAAGAAAGUGGAAGAAUCCUAAAAGUGACAGCAGCAGCUUGAGCUUUCCCUUAUGGGGAGUGUUGAGUCACGAAAGAAAUGACCCCCUCCUUCCUUUUUGGUUUUUUUUUUUUUUUUUUUUUUCUCCUUCCAUGAUGCUUUUCACUCUUGAAUGGAGAAGCAGAUGCUGACAGAAGUGCGUGCAAACUUGGAGGUGUAGAAUUUCACACAGACCGCUUCACAGAUCCGGAGCUGGCUUCCUGGAGGUUGAUCAGCAUUUUGUUGUACGUUCACUGAAGGCUUUCUCAGUGAAUGCUGGGUAUGGGCUUUUGCACUUUAUUUCUCUUACAAAGCCACGAGAUCAACUGAGCUAGCAGAACCUGGCAAAAUUGAAAUAUUAAGAAGAUAUUUUCCAAACUUGAAAGAUAAAGCAGAGACACCAAAUUAAAAAAAGAAAAAGAGUGAGUCAAUCUAGAUUUAAUGUGUAACAUUUCUAAAAGUGGGGAGGGGGGAAUACACUAAAUGUUUUCUUUAAUUUCACUUUAACGAAUGAAAGUCACAUUUAUUGAUAGAUAUAUGUCAUUUAGAAAAGUUUUGGAAGAGUUUAAUUUUGAAUAGCAAGACAAAUACGUGUCACGAUGCAGUUUGUAAUGUAUCUCUGCCUCCUGGGCUUUUUCUUCUACUUACGUUGAAGUUCUCAUAGCCCUCAAUUGUGGAAUUCUUUGUGAUAAUCAUUAUUACUAAGAAAACUACCAGAAGAGACACCAAGAAUUUUUUAUUUUAUAUCUAUAGUUUCUGUCAGUGGGAAUUAAACAUAGGAAAAAUAUGCACUUAGUUGUAUUUUGUACAGUCAUAAAUCCUGGCAGUCACGUAUGUUCCUUUAUUCAGCUUCUUAGUCUUUAUAAUUUUAGUGCAGAAUUAUAUUAAGGCUCCGAGGUGUCAAAUGUUUGUUCAUUCACUUUAGGUUGCAAAACUUAGAGACUAAAUUGCUGAUAUACAUGUUUUUAUAUACCCUGUGAAUGUUAUAUGUCUCUGACAAUUAGUUAUUGUAUGUGAAUAGAAUAUUCUGCAUUAGGAUUCCAGGAUGUGAGCUUAUGUUAAAAUUCUAGACCCUCCAGUUGUCCCUGCUGGGAGCUUUAGUCAUGCCCGAGCUGCCACACUGUGACAAGUCAAGUACCUCUGAACUUGGAGGGGGAGGUCCUGAAAGUGAGGACAGACGGCACAGAAUGUGGAAGAAAUCAAGCUGCCCUGAAAAGCAAGACAGAGCAAACACUACAGCUUCUUAAGAGUAAGAAUCUUAAUUUAAUUUGAAAAAUAAAUGGCCCACAGCAUAAACACUGAACUUUAUCUGCGGAAGCCACUGCACCAACAUGCCAGCCUUCCCAUGGCAACCGAAUCACCCUUGGCUCAAAACAUUUAGCGAUCUGAAGUGGAGCUUCAACACAUCCUUGGGUUGGACAAUGCAGUCAGCACUCUACAGUCACAAGAAUGGGAAGAAGAAUCCACCAUUUUCCCGGGUCUGUCUUUGUCACUCUGAAAAGCUGAGAGAUUGAGGACUGGUAAUGAGGAUGAGAAGCUUCUUUCUUUCUGUUCUUUAUUUUAAAUUCAUAAGCUUCACUUUAAUCUAAACAUGUUUAACUACUCAGAUAUUCCAAACACCAUAGAACCUGCACAGUGUUGCUGCCCUAAAAUGUAUAAUCAGUGAAAAAUUUGCCUCUGCUGCCAUUUAAAGCAUUAUGUAGUUCAAAAUUUGGACUAGAGAAACUCUGCUAUUUUAGAUCAGUAGUAACAUUCUCUGAGUAUAUGUAUGUAUGUACAUGGAUGUGUAUAUAUAAAUAUAUAUGUAUUGUGUGCAUUCACACACACACACACACACACACACACACACACACACACACACUUUCAUAUGCUCCUAGUUGAAAGUUGUGUGAAAGCCACACAGGAGUACAGAGGCAUCUAUGAUGCCACUUUUUCUUUUCGAUUAUUCUUGUGUUAUUUUGUUGUUGAGAGGAAAAGUGACGUGGGUGAAGUGACUUUAAAAAAAUAAAAGGACACAUAUUCCACAGAACAGUAAAAUCUGAUUAUGAUCUCUCCUAAGGGGUAACUUUAUGGCCUUUCUUUCUGGAAGAGAUAUAAAGACUUCUGACAGCAAAAUUCCUUUAAAAAUCAAAUCAAAUCAAAUCUGCAAGUACAUUCCCACCCCUCUCCUGCCACACAAUUUCUUGCUCUCUGUGUUAAGUGGAGUAAUUAGGAGCAACAUUCAAAAUGGAAAAUAGGAUUUGUCAUUACUAGCUUGCCAAGGUAACAGAUUGUACAACUUGAGAUGAAUUUGUGUUGUUUAAGAAGUUCAGAAAGGUUGGAAGAUGGGUUUAUAAAUAAAGAAGU